AGGGAGCGGGACAGGGAGAGGGAGAGGAAGCGGGACAGGGAGCGGACAGGGAGCGGGACAGGGAGCAGGACAGGGAGCGGACAGGGAGCGGGACAGGGAGCAGGACAGGGAGCGGGACAGGGAGCGGGACAGGGAGCGGGACAGGGAGCGGACCGGGAGCGGACAGGGAGCGGCACCAUGGCCCAGUCCGUGUGGGGCUACGACAGCGACAACGGACCCGAGCGCUGGCACGAAAACUACCCCCUGGCCAAGGGCGACAAGCAGUCGCCCAUUGAGAUCAACAGCAAGGACGUGCAGCACGACUCCUCUCUGUCCGCCUGGCACGCCAGCUAUGACCCCGGCGCGGCGAAAACCAUCCUCAACAACGGGCGCACCUGCCGCGUCGUCUUCGACGACACUUUCGAUCGAUCAGUGCUCAGAGGGGGCCCGCUCACCGGCGCCUACCGCCUGCGCCAGCUGCACCUGCACUGGGGCUCCUCCGACCUGCACGGCUCCGAGCACGUCAUCGACGGCGUCAAGUACGCUGCAGAGUUGCAUAUGGUACACUGGAAUCCAAAACAUGGUAAUUUUGCUGGAGCUUUAAAACAACCUGAUGGUGUAGCUGUUGUGGGAGUUUUUCUGAAAGUGGGAAAAACUCCCAAACCAGAGAUGAAGAGAAUUCUUGAAGAAAUUGAAAACAUUAAGACCAAGGGGAAGGAGGCUCCUUUUCUGCACUUUGAUCCUUCAAUUCUUUUCCCCAAAUCUCGGGACUACUGGACCUACCACGGCUCGUUCACCACACCCCCCUGUGAGGAGUGCAUCACUUGGAUUCUCCUGAGGGAGCCCAUCGAAGUCAGCUCAGACCAGAUGGCAAAGCUCCGUAGCCUUUCCAAGAAUGAUGAGAAUGAGCCCCUAAGCCCUCUUGUUGACAACUGGCGCCCACCGCAGCCUCUGAAGGGCAGGAUAGUGAGAGCCUCCUUCAAAUAAAAUCUCAACUCUCACCCCGCUGAACCUGAGUGACAAAAUCCCUACAGCACAAAAGUGUAGCUAGUUUGGUUUUUUUUUUUUUGCUGUCUACUGCUUUUCCUCUGCAUCCAGGUCUGUGUUUUUCAGUUUGAAAUUCUGAGUGGUAAAAGUGAACCUGUUUUUAAAAGCAGAAAAAUACUAUAUGCAAAUACUAAGCAUAAUAAGCAAAUGUGAGAAGUAAUGAUUCUUGACCACAAAUGCCUCAGGAUUUAUGGUCACUUCUCUGCCUUGUGGUCUUGUAAGAAAAAUAAGCUAAGUUUCAAUAUUUAAAAUUAAUUUCAAAGUAAAUAUAGUAAGGCAAAAAAAAUGAACCAGUAGUUCAGGAAAGCAGAAAUAACAGUAGAUGAGCAGGAGGGAAAUGCCUGUCUCUACACAGUGAUCUUGCUCAGACACCUCUCCCUUAGAGGAGACAUCCAAAGAGAAGUAUCCCUUUAACAUACCAGAUUUUCCCUUUCCUGUCUUGUUCCUAGUUUUUUAUUCAAGAUUAUAUUAGUGUUCUGAGGUAAAAUCAGACAUACUCAGUUUCUGUCUGAAGAAGAAAAAGAAGAGACCUUGCUGUCGUUUCAGCAUUUGCUGUCUUUGCCAUACCCUGCUGCUGCCACUGUUGAUCUUCUCUUCCUUCACCUGCUGUUGUUACUUCACCCCUCCAGGGUAGAGUCCUGCUGGUAUCAUAUUGCCUUGUAUUUAUUAUAACAGCUUUAGUAUUGCUGAGGGGUGAGUGCCUUUCUUGUGCUGCUCUCUGUUAUCUCCCAGAAUGAUGGAUUUUUGAUGCUCUGCCUGCCUUUUAUAUUUGACAUCUUAAUGGUUUUGGCUAUUAGGGAUUUUGUUGCGUAUGGAAAGGAUCUUUCUGGAUGAUUCAUAGGUGUCAUUUGUCAUCCCCACCACUGAAAAAUCCAGGUUAAGUCACCUAAGUCUAUUUGACUAUGUAUGACUCUAGCUGAAGAAUAUAUGUGGAUUCUGUUUGGCUCAGUUCCUUUCUGGGGAGACACAUCAGCUUUCAAAUAUGAUCCAAGCAAGGAACCACUUGCAGACAGAAACAUCUGAAUCAACUUCCCCUGUCCUUCAUCAUGUGUUCAGUGUACAAAUACCAUCUAGCUGAGCCCACAUAGAGAUCAUGUGAAUAAAGAUUUACAUUAUAUUCAACACCCAGGUGAUUAUUCAGUAUUGGAUAUACAGGAGGUUGGAUGGUCAAAGGUGGUGCAUUAAUCCCACUGCACAGGAAGCUUCUGGGUUCUCUGUGUUCCUGUCAUCAGUAGGUAGCAGUGGAUGUUCUUCUGGAGAUGUUGCCAUAAACAUGUUCACAGCCACAUUUAUAAGGGAUAUGUCAAAGUCUAAAAAAUACAUGGGCUACAAAUGGCUGGAAUAGGCAUUUCCCAGUUCUCAUGAACUAUUUCACUUGUCACCUUUACUAGAAAAAUCAUACUCCAACAGGGAAGUAAUGAAUGGGCAACACUGGACAAAUUCUGCUGUUACUACCAGCACAAUUGAGUAAGAAUUCAGAAAUUAAACUGAGGGCAGAUUUUGAUCCUUUUUAUUAAUUUAGAAUUGCUAAGGAUUCAACUAAGGACUGCUGAAUUCCAACUGAAAGUUAGUAAUUGAGUUUGUUAGGAAUGUAUUUUGCUUAGUAUAAAGCAGUUUCGUUUUAAAAACUAAGUUCAUGUAGAAGCUAAAGUAUUGAUUGAAUCCUGUUUACAAAUGUUUUGGCACUGGCUUAAUUUUAUCAGAAGAUCAGCUUUAGAUAUUAUGAGUGCAGAACUUGCAAGGAUAUUGAUUUUAGGACUCCCUUAGGUCUUCUUUAAAUUCCUGAAUCUGUACAUCUUCUCAACACAUAAAAAUGUUACUACAGAAAGCUCAUAAGCAACAACUUUUUUUCUCAUGUACUAUGUCUUACAUGUAAAAUUUCUUCUCAUAUCUAUAUGAAAUUGAUCUUGGUGGUGGGAAAAUUUUAACACAAGUAUCUGAGACGAGUUUGAGUCUUUCAACCUAAAAACCAUUAACUGUGAUGUUUUAAUCUCUUGUUAUUGAGGCAAUAAAACAAGAUUAGUUGUCUGCACUUGAAAUAACUGCUUUUAUGUCUUUAGAGAAUCAAUAAAUUGACUUACAUAAAAAAUAAACUGAUUGCUGUUUUUAUGCUAAGUGAUGACUGAAAGUAGCUUAAGAACUUAAUAGAAAACCUUGCUGCUCCUUUCUUUGAUACAUGUGCUUGUAAUACAAGAGACACUUUUAAGCUCUUGGAGUUUAGUACAAGCACAUAAAUCAGUUAGCUGAAAUGUUACACAACUCUGAAAAUUCCUGAUUAGUUUAUACUUUUGAAACUUGUUAAAGAAUAAUUGCCUGCAAAUCAAUUGCCUGUUUCCUCUACUGCUUUUGAAAGGCAGAAUAGGCAGAAGUUUAUGAAUCACUGAAACAGUUGUUUUGGUUUCAACAAGCAACAAUUGGUUUGUCUACGUUGGCAAAAACAUAUACAAGUUCAUACAGUCUGAAAUUUAUAUUGCUUCCUCAUGCAUGUCCUCUGAUUCCAUUCUGUCUUUGAAUGAUUAUUACACAAGAGCAUCAGUCUCACUGCAACUAUGCUUUAAAGUUUUGUUUCUCCCUCGAAGAAUAAAGUACACACAGUUUCGUUCCAUUGCCUUUCUUCCCUUGAUGGACAGUGUAGCUCAGCAUUGAUUACCUUGGUGACCAAAUCAGCAUAUGUGGAUUCUAAUCCUGCUGCCUCACGUAUCUUAGAGAAAAAAUCCAGUAAAAAUUACCCUAAUCAUUCUGUGGCACUAAAUCCUUAUGAAUUUAGUGCCUAUAAUGUAUAUAUUAACUACAGCAGGGCAAGUGAUUCAAAUUAAUUGCCACCUAUUAGGUUUUGACAAAUACUUAAACUUUCCCCUCACAAGAGAAAUUACUAAAAACAUUCAAAGCUUAUUCUUAUAGUUUCAAAGCUUUUUUUAAUUUACUGAAACAGAUGUCACCAUCUUUCAGUCAUG